CGCUGUAUGUAUUACUGCUACUAGUAGAGAACCAAAGCGCAACGCCAAAUUUACACCAAGGCGCCUCCUCACUACACUUUCAAAAGAAGAUAAUGGCCCAUGUUCGCGAGCGAUCUCUUUCACCUGAGCUUUCUUCAGACUCGCUUCUAAAGCGAUUAAAAACGACACAUUCCCCGUCGACAUCGACCGUGGACCAUCGGUUGCGCUUCUAUCCUGGUCUCUUUGGGCCAGAAAAUGUGCAGCAAUUGCAUCAGGCUUACGCUGGCAGUGAACCGUUCAAAUAUGCGAUUGUCGAAAAGCUUUUCCAGGACGAUCUUCUCAAGAAUGUGAAGGAUGAAUGUAUGAAGGAGCUGAGCUUCACCGAGAAGGAGACAGACAUAUACAAGGUAAAUCAAACCGGGGACCUUGCAUCACUCUCGUACCUCUCUGAGGCUCAACUUGCACUUUUUCCAAACCUCCUCGCUCUCCGCGAUGCACUCUAUUCUUCAGAGUUUCGCAAGUUCAUUCAGGCUGUCACUGGGUGUGGACCACUCUCCGGAACGAAACAGGACAUGUCUGUUAACUCGUACACGCAGGGGUGUCACCUGCUCAACCACGACGAUGUGAUCGGAACCAGGCGCGUAUCGUACAUCCUCUAUAUGCCCCUACCAUACGGCCAGGACUGGCAAAAAGAAUGGGGAGGUGCUUUAGAGUUGUAUCCUGUUCAAACCGGCGCCGAUGGGAUCCCUGAACCCGAGGCUGCACCACGCAAAGCUAUCCCUCCAAGCUGGAAUCAAUUCAUUUUCUUCGAAGUGCAACCAGGCAAAAGCUUCCAUUCUGUAGAAGAGGUGGUGGUAGGAGGGGAUGGCAGGGAAAGACUUAGCAUAAGUGGCUGGUUUCAUGUAGCACAGGAGGGUGAGGAGGGGUAUCAAGCUGAUCAGGCAGUUCCUGAGCUCAAAAGCUCACGAGAACAGUUGGUGUGUCUUGGAAGAUGUGCUGUCUGUGCAUUCGUCUCAUCAGGACUACUACAGACAUCUAGCUCUACCACCUUUGUUGCAUAUCCCGACUUGGAGUCACUCUAUCCAGAUGGACCGCUCCGAAGAGAAUAUAUCUCCUACCUCUCAAAGUUCCUAAACCCAGUUUACCUUCAAACACGCACGAUGAAGGCAUUGAUGGCACGUUUUGUCGUGGAAUCGAGUAUUGAACUUCACCAUUUCCUUUCCGCGUCUCUCGUAUCGAAACUUGAACCUGACCUGCGUAGGGCAGACCAAGCUGAUGGUCUUGAUGGUGAGACUCGCCAGGGGAGGUUACCACCGCACACUGCUGGCGUCUCUGGUGCAUGGUCUGCGCGAGGUCCACCACACAAAUGGCGUUACUGUACGCUUCAAGAAACAGCGGAGCCGUUACGUGAAUCAGACACAAUCCUUCGUCAGUUGCAAGACGAAGUUUUCCCAAGUGAUGCGUUUCGCGCUUGGUUGAGCAUCAUGACAAAGUUGGUGCCGCUGAGCUAUGCCGUAGAAGCGCGAAGGUUUAGACCAGGCUUGGACUACACUCUUGCAACGAGCGAGGGGAACGAGUCGCGAUUGGACGUAGUGUUGGGAUUAACGCCACAAGUAGAAGUUGAAGAGAAUGAGACGCGAUCGAAUGGCAAGUCGAAGGCGGAUGAAAAAGACGAAGAGGACGAAAAGCCGCAUGGUUGGCAGGCUGGGGAGUGGGGAGGAUGGGAGUGUUACAUGGCGCCCCAUGACGAGGAUGAUGAUCCAGCAGUCUAUCGUUCUGGAUCGAGCAAAAAUCACCAAGUCAACGAUACUUCUGGCGAUGAUGACGAUGAUGACGAGAGCACUUUGCUAACCAUUCAGCCUAGCUUUAACAGACUCCUUCUCGUCCUGCGGGACGAGGGCGUUAUGCGCUUUGUCAAGUAUGUGUCAGCCGCUGCUGCAGGCUCUCGGUGGGAUAUCUGCGCUGAAUUCAACGUGGGGAUGGUUCAGGAUGACGAGGAAGAUUCAUGA